AUGAGUGACUCUGAUGAUGACGAUAUCCCCCGGCUGUCUUCCCACACCUUAGCAGCCCUCCAGGAAUUUUAUGCUGAGCAGAAGCAACAAAGUGACCCAGGCAGAGAUGAUAAAUAUAACAUUGGAAUAAUAGAAGAGAACUGGGUAAGUAAAUACAUUCCACAUCUCUCAGGAAGUAUGGGUGCAGCACUGAUUCCAUACCUGUCUAUAUCUGUCCGUAUCUGUCGGUACCUGUCCGCACCUGUCUAUACCUGUCCACAUCUGUCCGUACCUGUCUGCACCUGUCCACACCUGUCUGCGUCUGUCCGCACCUGUCCACACCUGUCCGUACCUGUCUGCACCUGCCCACACCUGUCCUCAUCUGUACCUGUCCACACCUGUCCAUACCUGUCCACACCUGUCCGCAUCUGUCUGUACCUGUAUGCACCUGUCCAUACCUGUCUGCAUCUGUCCGUACCGGUCCACACCUGUCCGACCUGCCCUGUGUUUGUCUGCAUCCCACUUCACACUCAUGUUUGUCUCACCUGCCUCUCAGGAAUUGAUAGCCUGUCUGGGGAGCUAAGACAAAAAGCAGUCCAUGAUUAUUUAAGACUUUAUAAAUGUAGAUUUUCCUGCCUAGAAUUCUGUACUCAGCUGGAGCUAUCAAUCAAACAUGAAGAUAAAAUAAAAAACAUUUUAGAAAUGGCAAGUCUCAUGGCAUUGACCUCCCAUGCACUGCUUCCCCAAGGCUGCCAGAGAAUGUUGGAAGAAUUAGAGGUGGGCUCAAAGAAACAAGCAAAUGAUACAUGUAUUAAGUCUAGGAAAAAGAAAAGAAUAGCCUGUGUGAGCGCCCCCAGUGUUUACCAGAAACUGAGAGCCCUACACAGAGAAGACUUCUCUGUAUACAUCUUUGAAUAUGACAAAAGAUUUGCUAUAUAUGGAGAGGAGUUUAUCUUCUAUGAUUACAAUAAUCCAUUGGAUUUACCUGAAAAAAUUGCUGCACGUAGUUUUGACAUCGUAAUAGCAGAUCCCCCCUACCUUUCCAAGGAGUGUCUCAGAAAAACAUCAGAAACCAUCAAGUAUCUGACGCAGGGCAAGAUUCUGCUGUGCACAGGUGCUGUCAUGGAAGAAGAGGCAGCAAAACUUCUUGGCGUGAAGAUGUGCAAGUUUAUUCCAAAACACACCCGGACCCUGGGAAAUGAGUUUCGCUGUUAUGUGAAUUAUGAUUCUGGGCUAGACCAUGAAAUCUAAAUGCAGAUAGUAAUAUAAUAUGUAAAGGAUCCUGUGUGACAUUUCUCUCUUAUUAUUUCCUUGGUAGAUUGAAAAGUUAUAACCUCCUCCCCUCCCCUGCAAAGUGGGGCUCUCCCUGGCCUAAUUUUCAUAAUAAAGAAUAUAACAUCUCAUUAUGACUUCCUGACUGCAGGCAUC